AUGGCUUCAGAACCCGCCUCCAAUGCCGAGGCCAAGCAGCAGGGCAUCAUCGAGACCGCCCAGGCAGCAGGAAACGACCCUCAAUCGCACAUCCAGCCUGAAUUGGCCGAGGAGAAGCUCGUGGACGAGAGUCUCAAAGCAGGCGCGCCGGCUUUCCAGUUCAACCCAGAUGAUUCUCCUCAAGAGAAAGCAGAGGCUGCCAAAUCGGCCCUACCUCCCCAAUUCCCCAAGCCUAAAGCUUUAGCCGGCGCGGCCUUAGUAUCAGACCAGACAAAGGGCCCCGCUGAUUAUGACUUGCCAUCAACAAAUAAAGCAACCGAGAUGGUGACAACAGCUCCCGCGGCAAAGGAUGAUGAGAAGAAAUCUCUCGCCCCCGGAGAACUGACUGACGAACAACGCUGGGCACGGGACCGUACAGGGUGGGCGCCGCAAUUCGCCAAGCCCGAUGCAUCCCCAGAAGAUGAAGAGACAUUGCUGGAUCACCGCACAUUUUUGGAAGACAAAAUAAGUGACAAGUUCUUUGGAGAUUGGUACCACAAUGCCGCCGUUAUUGUCUUUGCGUGUCUUAUAUCCUGGACCAUCGCCGUUCUCGGAGGUGGCCUUGGUUGGGUCUUUUUGGUGAUGGCUGCUUGUGGCACUUAUUAUCGCACUUCAAUUCGACGCGUUCGGCGCAACUUCCGGGACGACAUCCACAGAGAAAUGGCCAAACAGCGUUUGGAGACCGACACUGAGAGUUUGGAAUGGAUCAACAGCUUCCUGGUUAAAUUCUGGCCAAUUUACUCACCAGUCCUGUGCGACACCAUCAUCAACUCGGUAGAUCAAGUGUUGAGUACUUCGACUCCUGCCUUCCUGGACAGCUUGCGCAUGAAGACAUUUGUUCUCGGCACCAAGCCUCCACGCCUGGAGCACGUGAAGACGUACCCCAAGACCGAAGUCGACACUGUCGUUAUGGACUGGAAGUUUAGCUUCACCCCCAACGACACCAUGGAUAUGACUGCCCGCCAAGUCAAGGACAAAAUUAACCCCAAGGUCGUAUUAGAGGUACGAGUUGGUAAGGGAGUGGUCAGCCAUGGCCUGGAUGUCAUUGUCGAGGAUUUCGCCUUUUCUGGCUUGAUGCGAGUAAAGAUGAAGCUCCAGAUCCCCUUCCCCCAUAUGGAGCGUGUCGACAUCUGUUUUAUUGGACGUCCUGAGAUUGACUACGUCUGCAAGCCUCUUGGUGGAGACACCUUAGGUUUCGACAUCAAUUUCAUUCCCGGUCUCGAAGGCUUCAUUAAGGAGCAGAUCCACGGCAACCUUGGCCCAAUGAUGUACGAGCCCAAUGUCUUCCCGAUCGAAAUUGCCAAGAUGCUGGCAGGUAACCCAGUUGAUAACGCAAUUGGUGUUAUCGCUGUCACUCUUUCUGGUGCUGCCAACUUGAAAGGUUCCGGCAGAAUCGGAAACACUAUCGAUCCUUAUGUUUCUCUUUCCCUCAACAGCCGCAACGAACUGGCACGCACAAAGACUAUACAAGACACGAACAAUCCUCGAUGGAACGAAACUGUGUACAUUAUCAUCACCUCGUUUACCGAUGCAUUGACCAUGGCUGUGUGGGACUACAACGAAUUCCGCAAAGACCAGGAAUUGGGUAUUGCCACUUUCCCCCUUGACAAGCUCGAAUCGGAACACGAGCAUGAAGGUCUUAACUUGGACAUUUCUUUCAGUGGCCGUAAUCGCGGUGUUUUGCAAGCCGAAGUGCGCUUCUUCCCCGUUUUGGAAGGUCGCAAAUUGGAGGACGGUACCGAGGAGCCUGCACCGGAACUCAACACCGGUAUUGCACGAUUCACUGUUGAACAAGCGAAAGAGCUGGAUGGAAGCAAGAGCUUGGUUGGAUCCCUCAGCCCAUAUGCUGUCCUCUUGGUGAAUGGCAAAGAAGCACAUGUGACAGGCAAGCUCAAGCGUACCAAUAACCCCAUCUUCAAAGACGCGUCUAAGGAACUCCUUAUCACGGACCGCAAGAACGCCAAACUAGGCCUUGUCAUUAAAGACGAUCGUGAUUUGUCGACUGAUCCUGUCAUUGGAAAAUACCAGAUCAAGUUGAAUGAUAUGCUCAAAAUGAUGGAGAAGGGCCAUGAAUGGUACCACUUGGCUGGUGCCAAAAGCGGUCGCGUCAAGAUGAUGCUCGACUGGAAGCCUGUUGGGCUGAGAGGUAUCGUAGGUGGCGCAGGUUAUAUUUCCCCAAUUGGUGUUGUGCGGAUUCAUUUCAAAGGUGCCAGUGAUCUACGCAACAUGGAAACUAUGGGCAAAUCAGACCCGUAUGCUCGUCCUUUGCUAAACGGCGUCCCAAGCGGCCGUACUGUUACGUUCAAGAACAAUCUUAACCCGGACUGGGAUGAAAUUAUUUAUGUUCCCGUUCACAGUGCACGCGAGAAGCUUACUUUGGAGGUCAUGGAUGAAGAAAGCCUCGGUAAGGAUCGCAGUCUUGGCGAGGUCGAGAUUUCCUUGGCAGAUUAUAUCCGUGACGAUGAGAACGGUGAAUACGAAGUCGACGAUGAGAAGCAGGACACGAAGAGCGGACUCCGUAUGCACGGACGUGGCGCUGCCAAGGGCCUCCUUAACUAUACCAUCGCGUUUUAUCCAACAGUCAAUGUGGUUGACCCAGAUGAAGAAUCGGAAGAAGCAGAGGAAGAAGCGGCAGAGGCCGCAGAAGGCUCUCGCAAUAGCGUUGAUUCUACUGCACGCAACAGCGUGGAUCGUCGUAGCACCGAUGCGGGCAGAACCAGCACCGACGUCAAAUCAAAUGGCCGACCCAGUCUCGACACUGCUGUAUCCAAGCGUACAGGUAACGGGGGUCCUAUCUCUCCCCUUUCUUCCUCAUUUCCAACAUCUUCAUCGUCUUCUAUACGCAAAGAGAUUCCUAAGAUUCGUAUCGGGCUAGAGGACUUGUCUAACUACGAAUCCGGUUUGAUUGUGUUCAAAUUCAUCGACGGAAACCUCUCGCACUCUAACGUCUUUCUUGAGGUUGUCAUUGAUGACCACUUGUUCCCCUCGUACACUUCAAUGAAGAUCAAGUCGAAAACUGCAACAUUUGAAGAUAUUGGCGACGCAUUUGUGCGUGAAUUGGAAGCGUCUCAAAUCACACUUCGACUUGUUGAAGGUGAUAGUGAUGAUACACACGUCCUUGCCAAGCUGACCGGCCCAACACUGCCCACGCUGCAACAGUGUCUCUAUACGCCUACCGAGUUACAGCUUCGGUCGGACAACGGUGCAAUCAGCAAGGUCAAGGUUAGCCUGCGGUUCAUUCCGGUGUCGAUGAAACUCGAUCCCACAGAGUCAAUUAACAAUUCGGGCGAUCUUCGUGUCGACGUUCUUGAUGCGGCCGACCUUCCAUCCGCUGACCGCAACGGUUUUAGUGAUCCGUAUUGUAAAUUCAAAGUGGAUGGCAAGGACGUUUACAAGACCAAAGUGCAAAAGAAAACCCUGCACCCGGCCUGGAACGAAUACUUUGAGACGCCGAUCAAAUCGAGAAUCGGGGGAGACUUCCGCGUGGAUGUAUAUGAUUGGGACUUUGGUGACAAGGCAGACCUGCUGGGCGGAACUGUCAUCAAUUUGGAGAAGCUCGAGCCAUUCCAGUCGGAAGAAGUAACGCUCAACCUGGACGGCAAGUCUGGCGCUAUCCGAUUGAAAUUGGUCUUCAAGCCAUCAUACGUGACGCGUGCCCGUCAAGGACAGUCAACCUUUUCGGGAACGUUUGCGACGCCCGGCAAGAUUGUCGGGGCGCCUGUCAAGACCGUCGGCCUCGUGGGUGGCGGUGUUGUCAAGGGAGCAUCGUUUAUUGGCCGGGGCUUGAGGAAUCGCUUCCAGAAAGAUAAAGAUCACGGCGAAGCGGAAGUAGCAACGCCUCCUCGUGAAGAGUCGCCUCCAAGGACACCUGCAAAGACAGACACUGGUCUCCCGCGUGCCCCUGGACUGGUCGUGGACCCGGCAUCGCCAUCUUCUCCUCUAGGUUCGCCGGACCUGCAACGUCGCCAUAGCCGUACUCGCAGCAUCAGGUCUCAAUUUGGCAAUGGGUCUGCAGAGGGCGGAACUGCAUUAUUCACAGUUGUUUCAGCCACCGGAUUUCCUCCUUCGGCAAAUAUUCGCUGCCUUGUUCGACUUUUGGGCGCCAAGGGUGCCAAGGACAUUCACAAGACCAAGGCGAUCAAGAGCGCUGACGGCUCUGUUCAGUUUGACAGCACACACGAGACAUUCAAGGUCCCCAAUGUCACAGCGGAUGCUCAAUAUCUGUUGAAGGUGGUCAACCACAGCACGUUCGGAGCAGACGAGGCACUUGGCGAGGCACACUUCUUUGUCGAUGAUCAGGGAUCGUCUAUGAGCAAAGAAAAGACCGUGGGUGUGGGAUCAGGCAAGGUGGUGAUUAAGAGCAGCUUUACGCCGAAUGAAAUCGCCAAUGGCCGUCCCAGCACUGCAACUUCUAUAAACGGGGAUGCGCUUGACGCUGGAGGCGAAACACCAGACAAGAAGCGACGUAGCUUCCUGUCGAAGCGCAGCGCUAGUGGUGUUUAG